AUAGAACCCAAAGUGCGCCGCAGAAUCCCCUUCCAUGCUGUAAAUCAAAAGCCUAUCUGCCUUUUUUGCAGGGUGGGACAACCACAGUUAAAAAAUAUUGUAUUCAAGGUUCACUGCUUGGGAGUUUCACUUCAUAAGCGAUAAGAAAACGUCUUCAGGCUGACAAACAGUCUCAAACUCAGAAGAAAAAGAGCAACGUAUAAGGAGCCAGAGUCAGGGGAUGGAUUACAAUUAUGAUGAAGAUUUGGACGAGCUGUGUCCUGUGUGCGGGGACAAAGUAUCCGGAUAUCACUAUGGACUGUUGACUUGCGAGAGCUGCAAGGGUUUCUUUAAGAGAACUGUCCAGAACAACAAGCGCUAUACUUGCACAGAGAACCAGAGCUGCAAAAUAGACAAGACCCAAAGGAAGAGAUGUCCAUACUGUCGCUUUCAGAAAUGUCUCAACGUAGGGAUGAGACUGGAAGCUGUUCGUGCUGACCGUAUGAGGGGAGGGCGCAACAAGUUUGGACCAAUGUAUAAAAGAGACCGAGCAUUAAAACAACAGAAGAAAGCCUUGAUCCGUGCGAAUGGUAUAAAACUAGAGACUGUCCCACAGAUAGUGUCCCCAGCUCACAGUGACUAUGCUGUCUCUACCAACAUCCACACUAUCCACCCUGUGACUAAAAACCUCCCUCCUAACCCUGCCCCAAUGACACCUGUUGAAUAUGACAGAGGGCCUUACGGACCCCCACCGCUUGGAAUGACUAUGCCCAACCAUACGCCUCUGUCAAGCUAUCAAUACUCCAACUUCCAAAGCCGUACUAUUAAAUCUGAAUACCCUGAUCACUACACAAAUAUCCAUGAUCCCACCACAGUGGGAACCUAUGUGUAUCCUGAGGCCUACCCCAGCAGCUCUCCACCAGAUAUCCCUGAGGUGAUCCUUAAGCUGCUUCAACUGGAGCCCGAUGAGUCUCAAGUAAAGGCCCGGAUACUAUCUUGUCUACAGCAGGAACAGAGCAAAGGUCGGCAUGAAAAGCUCAAUAUGUUUGGCCUGAUGUGUAAGAUGGCUGAUCAGACUCUAUUCUCCAUUGUAGAGUGGGCACGGAGCUGUAUUUACUUUAAGGAGCUAGAGGUCAGUGACCAGAUGAUCUUGCUGCAGAACUGCUGGAGUGAACUCUUGGUGUUUGACCAUAUUUACAGGCAGAUGCAACACAGCAAGGAGAAUAGCAUCCUUCUAGUAACUGGCCAAGAGAUUGAGGUGUCUGCUAUAUCAUCCCAAGCUGGUUCCACUCUAAACAACUUGAUUCUAAGAGCGCAGGAACUGGUGAUUUUCCUACAUUCUCUGCAGGUGGACAGACAAGAGUUUGUGUGCCUGAAAUUCCUCAUACUGUUUAGCCUGGACGAAAAGUUUCUGGAAAACCACAGCCUAGCAAAGAGUGCCCAGGAGAAAGUCAGUACUGCCCUUCUGGAAUACACAAUGUGCCACUAUCCUCACUGUACGGACAAGUACCGCUCGCUCUUGCUAAGGUUAGCCGAAAUCCGCUCGAUCAGCAUGCAAGCCGAGGAGUACCUGUACCAUAAGCACCUUAGUGGGGAAGUCCCCUGCAACAACUUGCUAAUUGAAAUGCUUCACGCCAAGCGGGCUUGAGCAGUAUCAUCGAGAAGUGACUUUAAUAGCCUUCUGAAGAUGGUUUAAAGCCAGCAAACCAAAUGAAGACAUUCUUUUUUUUUUUUUUGGUUUUUCAAUGCUGCCUGUCCAUAAAAAAAAAUCUUGGUGAUGUAUUUAACCUAUAGUAUUGGAAAGUUUCAGAUUUAUUUUAAUAUAACUGUGGCUCUUUACUGAGUGUUAUUAUAUAUAUGUGAUUACCUUUUAA